AUGGGAUUGGAGCAUUUCAAAACAGCUCAAGUAGUUUACUCUCAAAAACAAAUUUUAUUAGAAAACGAGUUGGAUAAUUUAAAUAAUUUCAUGGUGGCAUACAGAAAGAGGCUGAAACUAUCAUUUAAUUUUAAUGAUGGUUACAAUGUACCAAGUUCAUCACAGUACAAAAAAGCUUGA